AUGGCUGAGUGUCAUCCGACAUCGACACCUGUUGACACUCAUGCCAAGCUAUCCGCGACCGACGGGGUUCCAUUGUCAGAGAAGGACGCAUCUGAGUACAGGAGCUUGGCGGGGGCUCUCCAGUACCUGACGUUGACUCGUCCUGAUCUGGCUUAUGCUGUUCAACAGGUGUGCCUCUUCAUGCACGCCCCGCGCGAGCCUCACCGUGGGCUCAUCAAGCGCAUCCUACGCUUCGUCCAGGGGACUCUCUCCUCGGGUCUUCACAUUGGCACCGGCUCCGUCGACAAGCUGACUGCCUACUCUGAUGCUAACUGGGCAGGCUGUCCAGACUCUCGACGAUCCACCUCUGGCUUCUGUGUCUAUCUCGGCGACAAUCUGGUUUCCUGGUCCUCCAAGCGCCAGACCACGGUGUCCCGUUCUAGCGCAGAGGCAGAAUAUCGGGCUGUGGCUGAUGUUGUGGCUGAAUGCUGCUGGCUUCGACAGUUACUCCAGGAGCUCCAUAUUCAGCUGCCCUCCGCCACCGUUGUCUUUUGCGACAACAUCAGCGCCGUCUACAUGACAGCCAACCCCGUCCACCACAAGCGAACGAAGCACAUUGAGAUCGACAUUCCCUUCGUCCGCGAGAAGGUGGCCCUUGGUGAAAUUCGGGUUCUCCAUGUACCCUCCUCUCAUCAGUUCGCUGACAUCAUGACUAAAGGGCUUCCGACAGCACUCUUUCGAGAGUUUCGAUCCAGCUUUUGCGUCCGGGAGCCUCCCGCUGCGACUGCGGGCGGGUGUUAG